GCCCCGAUUUUCCAGGUUCCUGCCCCUGUGGACGCACCGGCGGGACAGGCUCUGCGGGGGAACGUGGGCUUUGCCUGGUGCCAGCACCUCCGUCGCCCGCGGAGGGCCCAGCAGCGGGAUGUCCACGCAGAGCAUUCACUGCCUGCCGCCCGUGACCCUGCGCCUGCCGCCCGGGAUGCCCGGGACCCCCGGCUGCCAGCGGCGCCACACGCUCCCCGCCAGCGAGUUCCGCUGCCUCACCCCCCAGGACGCGGCCGGCGUGUUUGAGAUCGAGCGGGAAGCCUUCAUCUCCGUCUCGGGCGUGUGUCCCCUGCACCUGGACGAGCUCCAGCGCUUCCUGACCCUGUGCCCGGAGCUCUCCCUGGGCUGGUUCCACGAGGGCCGCCUCGUGGCCUUCAUCAUCGGCUCGCUGUGGGACGAGGACAGGCUCACACCGGAGUCGCUGCUGCUGCACCGGCCCGGGGGCCACACGGCCCACCUGCACGUGCUGGCCGUGCACCGCACCUUCCGGCAGCAGGGCCGGGGCUCCCUCCUGCUGUGGCGCUACCUGUGCCACCUGGGCGGCCAGCCGGCCGUGCGCCGGGCCGUGCUCAUGUGCGAGGACGCGCUGGUGCCCUUCUACGCGCGGUUCGGCUUCCACCCCGUGGGCCCCUGCGCCGUGACCGUGGGCCCGCUGGCCUUCACGGAGCUCCAGUGCUCGCUGCAGGGCCACGCCUCCCUGAGGAGGAACAGCUGCUGA